AGUUAUACAAGCAGAUCACGUAGUUUGUUGUAGACAGCAUUUCAAAAUUGUGAAUAUGCAUCAGACAAUCUAGUGGAUGAUCCUGUUGGAUAGUGGGACUGCUAAGAGAGAGCUCUAUGUACAAUCAUAAUGAAGCUGUCUGGAUCGUUUUUGGAUAUGGACAUGGCAAAUUAUAGUGAGGCUUUGGAUUCAUCUUAUGCUACUUUGGAGUUUGAAAAUAUGCAGUUGCUGUACAGUGCCCAAGAUACUUCUCCAUCAGCGACAAACACAAUGAAUACAUCAGACAGUGGAAUAAACUCUCUGUGUGCAAUCUGUGGGGACCGAGCCACAGGCAAACACUAUGGUGCCUCCAGUUGUGAUGGAUGCAAGGGUUUCUUCAGGCGAAGCAUAAGGAAGAGCCAUGUGUACUCGUGCAGGUUUAAUCGGCAAUGUGUUAUUGACAAAGACAAGAGGAACCAGUGCAGAUAUUGCAGAUUGAAGAAAUGUUUUCGAGCUGGGAUGAAGAAAGAAGCUGUGCAAAAUGAACGAGAUCGUAUAAGCAACAAAAGGAACAGCUACGAGACUGGCAGCUCACCCUCCAUCAACGUGCUGGCUCAAGCCGAAAUCCUCUCUCAUCAGAUCACCCUCUCAGUUUCUGCAGCGAACACAGACAUCUCCACGAAGAAAGUUGCUACUAUUAGUGACGUCUGUGAGUCAAUGAAAGAACAGUUGUUGGUUUUGGUGGAAUGGGCUAAGUACAUCCCAGCUUUCUGUGAACUGCCGCUAGAUGAUCAGGUGGCUUUAUUGAGGGCACAUGCAGGGGAACAUCUGCUGCUUGGAGUGGCAAAACGAUCUAUGUCUUAUAAGGAUGUCCUACUGCUAGGGAACGAUUAUGCCAUACAUCGCAACAGUCCAGAAGUGGAAAUUAGUCGUGUGGCAAAUAGGAUUUUGGAUGAGUUGGUGCAGCCUUUUCAAGAAAUCCAGAUAGAUGACAAUGAAUAUGCCUGCUUGAAAGCAAUUGUUUUCUUCGAUCCAGAUGCAAAAGCACUAAACGACCCAACAAAAAUCAAGAACAUGCGUUACCAAGUGCAAGUUAGCCUGGAGGAUUAUAUUAAUGAUCGACAGUAUGAUUCCCGAGGACGAUUUGGAGAGUUACUUCUGCUGUUGCCCACUCUUCAGAGUAUAACCUGGCAAAUGAUUGAACAAAUUCAAUUUGUUAAACUCUUUGGACUAGCAAAGAUUGACAACUUGCUCCAAGAAAUGUUGCUGGGAGGCACAACCAAUGAUCCAAAUCACCUCCAUCAUCCUUUAAACCCUCAUGUGGCCCAGGAUCCAGUAACAGGCCAAACCAUUUUAAUCAGUUCAAUACCUGCGACAAGUCAUAGUGAACAGAUGUUGAGCUCUGUGCACAGUUCAUGCAGGACAGCAAAGGUGACAAACAAUGGUGGUGAUGGUGUCAAAAUAGCAAGUGCAUCAAGAUCUUGUAGUCAGCUACACCGGAAACACCGCUACCAUCUCCUCCACAAGGUUCGGGUCAAGAACAAUACAAGCUUGCUUCAAACCAGAUUUCCAUUAUUUCUCAGCAAGGGCCAUUGCCCAAGCCAAAGGGUUUGUGAUGCCAAAUUUAAGGAAUGACAGAUUGUGUUUCCCAUCUUUUUGAACACUAGAAAGCUGAAUGAAGUUACCAAGCCAUGGGUAGAAAGCAACACCUGCCAUUCUCUAUGUACACGACUCAUUUCCUGUCUUUGCCAACAUGUCUUUAAUGGAAUAUGCCACUGCAGGAGCAAAAAGUCUUAAACACAUGUCACAAUCUCAGGUUAAAAGUUUAAAGAGAUUUGUUUAAACCUAUUUGCUUAAGUUCAAAAUAAACUUAUCUUGAGGCUUUUUUAUAGUUUUUAUGAAUUAAAUUCGUCAGUUUAAAUAUGGUAGGUUGCUUGGCCAUUUUCCACAUUAGUUUAGCCAGUAAUUAAGAUGCUUGACAGUGAAUAAGAGAAUUGUGUCAUGUUUAAUAUUAUAAACCACAAAUGCUAACUUUUGAGACCUGUUUCACAUAACCUUUGAGGUAGAUAAAAUGACCUUAAAAAGUAUUUAUGGAAAAUAACUGAAUGAGUUGCAAAGUGGUAAUACAACCAGUGUAGUAAUUGUAAAAUUCAGCUUUGCAGUACUUUAGCCAGUAUCAUAAGGCCAGUUAUUUCUUUUUAAAAUUGCACAUAUGUGUUUUAAAAGGUGCUCCUGCUUUGAGUUGUGCCAUCUAACUUCAUAGCUUACCGUACUGUCUGUGAUAUAUUUCAUACCAGCUAAAAAGGGCAUGUCAGAUAUUACAACGGAGUCUUAUAUUGCACCACCAGGAGAGGGAGUUUCACCGAAAAGUGAUACAGUUUGUUUUUAUAAGAACACUUACUAUUUCUUUAACUUUUAAUUAAAUCAGUGGCAGCUCAAAUCACAUUAGCUUCCAAACUAAUAUAAAAGUCUAUCAUUGAAAGCAUUAGUGUUGAUUUUUAAAUAUGGUUGGUGAAUAGAAUUUGGUCCAAUAGUUUUUGACUAUCAACUGCCUUAAAUUGCUGAAUGCAUCCUUUAUUGUAUCUUGUGUAAAUGGACUUAGCCUACUUUAUGACCUUUUCUUGGUUUGUAUAUAGUGAGUAAUUAGAUAAUCGUUGUAAUUUAUUGUGAUGGAAUGAUCUAUUUUAUAAAUGAAAUUAUUUUUGUAUGAAUUAUUGUGAAUGAUUCGAUAAUGAUCAAAUCCUGAAAGCAAAUCAAUACUGGAAUGUAAAGUGUAUACAGUUUUAAAUAUUGUUUUGCAUUAUAUGAGUUGAAUGUUCAGUACAUUGUAUGUACUUCCAGAAAAUUUGAGCUCUCCACAUGGCAAAAUACAAAUAAAUGUUAAUAUCUUGCCGAAUGAGAACAGUAAUUGAGAUUAUAUAACU